AUGGCCUUCGCCACCACCGCCGCCACAUCAUCAUCAGCAGCAGCAGCAAUGGCGCUCACGCCGCAAUGCGCCAAGCUCCCCGGCGCGACGAGACAGUCCAGGACACGAUCAGCAGUCUGCAGAGCCGCGGCGACGGCCACGGCGCCGGGCAGCGCCUCCACGUCCGCGCCAGCGGCACUCGCGGCUUUAAACGCGAGACGCGGCGCGCGGAGGUCGGCGUCGUCGGUGGCCGCCAUGUGGAGGCAGGUGCAGGGGUGCGACGACUGGGAGGGCCUGCUGGACCACCCAGUUCUCCGGAGCGAGGUCGCCCGGUACGGCGAGCUCGUCGACGCCUGCUACAAGGCCUUCGACCUGGACCCGGCGUCGCGGCGCCACCAUAACUGCAAGUACGGCAAGGAGCGGAUGCUGGAGGAGGUCGGAAUGGCCGGCGCCGGCUACGAGGUCACCAAGUACAUCUACGCGGCGCCCGACGUCAUCACCGUGCCCACCAUGGAGGCCUCCAUCAGCGGCCGCGGCCGCUGGAUCGGGUACGUGGCCGUGUCCACCCCCGAGAUGACCCGCCAGCUCGGCCGCCGCGACGUGCUCGUCUCCUUCCGCGGCACCGUCACCCCCGCCGAGUGGCUCGCCAACCUCAUGAGCUCCCUCGAGCCCGCGCGGCUCGACCCCUGCGACCCGCGCCCGGACGUCAAGGUCGAGUCCGGCUUCCUCGGCCUCUACACCUCCGCCGACAAGACCUGCCGCUUCGGCGGCGCCGGCAGCUGCCGCGAGCAGCUCCUCCGCGAGGUCUCCCGCCUCAUCGACUCCGCCGACUCGCGCUCCUCCGACACCAGCGUCACCCUCGCCGGCCACAGCAUGGGCGGCGCGCUGGCCACGCUCCUGGCGUACGACCUGGCGGAGCUCGGCCUCAACCGCGCCGCGCCUAUCACCGUCUUCUCCUUCGGUGUCCCGAGGGUGGGCAACGCGGCGUUCAAGGCCCGGUGCGACGAGCUCGGCGUCAAGGCGCUGCGCGUCGCCAACGUGCGCGACCCGAUCACGAGGAUGCCGGGCUUUUUCCUCAACGAGGCGACCACUGGCGCGGCGAUGCUCCGGCCGUGGGCGGGAUCCUGCUACACGCACGUCGGCGUGGAGCUCCCGCUCGACGACAUCUCCAGCGUCGCCGACCUCACCACCGUGCACAACCUCGGCACCUACAUCGCGCUGCUCAGGAAGCCCAAGCAGGCCGCGGCCAGAGCGGACGACGGCGGCGGCGGCGGCGCCGUGAUCGGCAGGGUGCUCGACUUCGUGGGACGGCGCGGCGCCGGCGCAAUGCCGUGGCAGGACGCGGCUCUGCAGAUGGGCGGCCUAGUGCAGACGCUCGGCCUAAUCUGA